ACUGCCAUGGGCCUCGUGGUGGGUUCACAACUUUGGUGUGUGGGUGUGGGGUCCCAUCUGAUAGGGCAGGCCUGGAUGGUGUUAGUCCGGGUCUCAGACACAAGUGAGUCCUGGGUAGCCGCAGACAGGGUGUGGCACCCUUGUCUUUGUUCUCUCCUGUCUCUGAGAAGUUGAACUGCCAGGUACUUUUCUGGACAGGGGCUGUCAUGAUGAUGGUCCACACCAUGUUAAAUGCCUUAGAGAUCAGAAAAGACAAGAAACCGAAGGACAAAGCCCCUUCUUCACAGUACAGAGACACAGCUCUCGCUGGACAAGAGGACAUGGCCACGGCACAGGAAGCGGUGAUGUGCCAGGACGUGGCUGUGGAGUUUGCCCAGGAGGAGUGGGAGCUCCUGGGCGCUGCGCAGAGGAUGCUAUACCAGGAGGUGAUGCUGGAGAACUACAGGAGUCUGGCCUCCCUGGGAGGGCCGGGGCACAGGGUGCCAUCUGCCUGUGGUAUCUGUGUAGCUGACUGGAACAGCGGGAAAAGUUAAAUAAUUUACCUGGCAA